AUGGGCAAAUUUUGGGGUAUGACAAGUCGCAUUGAAGCUUAUUUUCUGAAAAAGGGUUUUCAUAAAUGUCCAUAUGAGCACACACUUUUUGUUAAAAGGGGAGAUAUCGAGAAAAUGCUCAUUGUGUGUUUAUAUGUUGAUGAUCUUAUAUUUACUGGAAAUGAUGAUGCCAUGAUGAAAGAAUUCAAGAAAUCUAUGAUGAGUGAAUUUGAAAUGUCUGACCUUGGUAUGAUGCAUUACUUCCUUGGCAAAGAAGUAGUGCAAUCAACUUAUGGGAUCUGUAUUUCCCAAAGGAAGUACGUGCAAGAGAUUUUGGACAGAUUUAAAAUGCAGGACUGUAAUCCUGUAAGCACUCCAACCGAGUUUGGCUUGAAGCUAAACAAAGAUCAUGAUGGAAAGAAAGUGGACAACAUACUUUACAAGCAAAUUGUUGGCAGCUUAAUGUACGUAACAGCAACGAGGCCUGACAUAAUGUAUUCUGUGAGCUUAAUAAGCAGAUAUAUGGAGAGUCCAACAGAAAUGCAUUUGUUAGCUGCCAAGAGAAUUCUUCGUUAUUUACAAGGAACUAAAGAUUUUGGGCUGUUCUACAAGAAAGGUAAAAAGUUGGAACUAUUCGGGUUUUCGGAUAGUGAUUAUGCAGGAGAUCAAGAUGAUAGAAGAAGCACAUCUGGCUAUGCUUUCUUGUUGGGGACAAGGGCUGUUUCAUGGUCUUCUAAGAAGCAACAAAUUGUCACUCUAUCAUCCUCAGAAGCUGAAUUCAUUGCUGCAACAGCUUGUGCUUGUCAAGCUAUUUGGUUGAGACGGAUUCUUGAAGAGCUACGGUCAAAACAAGUUGAAGCUACCACAAUUUUUUGUGACAACAACUCAGCAAUCAAACUUUCCAAGAAUCCUAUACUACAUGGUAGAAGUAAACACAUUGAUGUGAAAUAUUAUUUUCUAAGAGAUCUUAGCAAUGAUGGAACAAUUAAAUUGAUUUAUUGUAAGAGUGAAAAUCAGGUUGCAGACAUUUUGACCAAGCCCCUAAAGCCUGCUGCAUUUUUCAAGCUUCGAAGUGGGCUAUGUUGGUUCAGUGUACAUGUUGUCGUAACUGCCGUAGUCACAAUUCUAGUUGCGUCGUUGGGAGCUCGCCAAUUUGAACCAUUGAGACUGCAAGAGAUGAUGGCCUGCUUGCGGUUCUCUCGGUGGCACUGGCAGCUUAUGCCUUUUUUCAAUUCAUUGGCUUAUGUAAACCACUGUUUGGAUAAUAUAUUAAGGAUUGCAUCAUGUAACGGUUGGGAUGGCACUGACUUAAUUCCUAUGAAUUUUGGUAAUGGUUUUGGAAUGUAUGCAAUAUGA